AUGAGGAUUUCUCACGUGGAAGCUCGCAUCGAGCAGCAGAUAUCUUUGAGUGCCCUGAUCUUUCAAGCAAUUGAAAGCUUCAAUAAAAUUCCAACGACUGACAUCACUUCAAGGCUGAUUAAAGCUCGUGUUACAGCUUUAAAUGAGAAUUGGGAAAAAUUCUCUAUUGUUCAUGAAGCAGUUAUUGUAGCUGUCAAUCAGCUCAGUACAGAAGACAACGAGUUGAUUCGAAAUCACACUUAUUUUGAAGAGGAUUGCUAUGCUCGAACGUAUGAGCAAUAUCUGGACUCUCUGGACAAGAUGAACGCUCAUCACGACUCGGAUUUUACUAUUCCAAGGACAUCUUCAACUCAAUCUCUCUCUCAACCUGUAUCUAACCAACUGGCUGUUUCUCAUCACACAAGACUCCCUCGAAUCGACCUGCCGAAAUUCAGUGGAAAUGCUUCCGAAUGGAUGUCCUUCAAAGAUCUAUUUUCUUCCAUCAUUAUUGGAAAUAUAAGCCUAAGUCCGGUCGAAAAGUUGCAAUAUUUAAAAGCCAGUCUGACUGGCACUGCAGCUUAUCUCCUCAAGAACACGGCUCUUACUGCGGAUAAUUUCCAAAAGGCUUGGACCGAUCUGAUCUCGUUUUAUGAAAACAAACGACUACUUGUAAAUUCAGCAAUUCAAUCGUUGCUCUCCCUCAAGAAGAUCGCGAAGGAAUCCUCCAGUGAGCUCGAGCGUCUUUACACCAACAUCAUGCAAAUUUAUCGCUCACUAGAGACGCUACAACGCCCAGUUGAACACUGGGAUGAUUUUCUAGUGUUCCUAACCGUUCAAAGGCUGGAUGCCGAAUCCGUUAAAGUCUGGGAGCAUCAUCUCGGUUCCACAAAAGAACCUCCGACUUGGAAACAUCUGUGUGAGUUUCUUGUUACUCGCCUUCUCUCUUUGCAGGCCUUUGAAAAUUCGCAAAACUUGCCAAUAAAAAAGAAAAUCCCAUCGCAAGCAGUUAAGGCCUAUCAUCAGAUUCAAAAGAAAAUUAAUGGCUCACAAUUCUCCUCAUGUAUCGUGUGCUCUGCCAAACAUUUCUUGAGCGUUUGCCCUCAAUAUACCUCUCAAACUACGCAGCAACGACACUCUCUAAUCACAAAGCUAGGAUUAUGUUACAAUUGUUUGGGGAAACAUCGAGUUUCAAAAUGUCAAUCAACUCGACGAUGUCUUAAGUGUGGUAAGAAGCACCACACUACGAUUCACCAAAAAACACCUCCCAAGAUGGAAAGUCAAUUUAAACACCCAUUGGUUAAACCAUCCACCGAAACUUCAGGCAAGACCACUCCCUCGCAAGUAUUGCAUGCCGCUGUACAUGCUAAUCAGGCGUCUAUGUGCACUCUUCUCGCCACCGCUCAAAUGUUAAUUGCCAACGAAAAUGGACGUAUCAUGAAGAUCAAAGCCCUUAUAGAUCAGGGAUCGGAGAUCAACAUCAUUUCGGAAAAAAUUGUCCAAGCUCUCAAGCUUCCUCGCUCCAAAUCAAGUAUUUCCCUGAUAGGUGUCGGGGAACAUUCUACUAACAAGACUCGUGGCAUCACUUUUUUCAAGAUUAUUUCUCUCCAUGAUUCAUCAGAAGAAUUCCACAUAUCAGCGCAUAUUCUCCCUAGCUUAACGAGUUCGAUCCCGUCAAGUAAAGUCUCCGGAGAAUCCUGGUCACAUCUGGAUGGAUUGCCUUUAGCCGAUUUUCAAUAUGGAAUUCCCAGUUCGAUUGAUCUAAUCAUCGGUUCCAAUUGUUACCCUCAGAUCAUUAAGGACGGUUUAAUCAAAGGUCCGCCGAAUACGCCUAUUGCACAAUUAACCUCGUUUGGUUGGAUCCUCUCCGGCCCCGCUUCAUCGGAAUCGACGAAUCGUUCUAUGCGAAGUUACCAUAUUUCAAUGGAUUCCCGCUUAUAUGACCUUCUCCAUCGUUUUUGGCAACUUGAAGAAAUUGGUGCACGCCAAGAAUCCUUCAUCUCCCCGGAAGAUCAACAAUGUGAGCAACACUUUAAAGAUACCCACUCUCGGAACGAUCAAGGACGGUAUGUGGUGCGUCUGCCCUUCAAGAAGCCUCCUCAACGUUUAGGAAACUCUUAUAAUCGAGCUUCAAGAAUGAUGGAUUCUCUGCGAAAUCGGUUUCAAGUGAACGCAAAAUAUGCGGAAGCCUAUUUCAAAUUUAUGAGGGAAUAUGAAGACCUCCAGCAUAUGAAAUUAAUAACCGAUGUAAAUGAAGAACUUUUACCUCCCAAUUUUUAUCUUCCUCAUCAUGGAGUGUGGAGGGAGAGUAGUACAACUACGAAACUACGAGUCGUGUUCAAUGGAUCAAGUCGUACAACAUCCGGAAUUUCUCUAAAUGAGAUAUUGCAUACAGGCCCAAAGCUUCAAGUGGAUUUAUUCAACGUUCUUAUUUGGUUUCGGCAAUUCCAAUACGUCUUUUCUGCUGAUAUAGAAAAGAUGUAUAGGCAAAUCCAAGUACACCCCGACGAUUGGAGAUUUCAACGCAUCCGAUGGUCGAAUUCAGACAAGGAUGUCAACUCUUUUGAGCUCACCACUGUUACUUAUGGAUUGGCUUGCGCGCCUUAUUUAGCGCUUCGUACCAUUACUCAGCUUAUUGAAGAUGAGGGAACCAAUUUUCCAUCAGCAGUUCCUUGCCUAAAACACGGACGAUAUAUCGACGACAUUUUCGGAGGAGCAGAAUCAAUUGGUGAGGUCCAUGAAAUCAUCAAUCAACUUAACCAGUUGUGCAAGGCGGGCGGCUUCCCGCUACAAAAGUGGUCUAGUAAUCACGCUCAUGUACUCCAUCAUCUACCACCAGAACGGUUGAGAAAUCCGGAUCCAAUACCUUUUGAUUUGGACUCCUGUGUAGCAGUACUUGGUCUACAGUGGAAGCCUACUGCCGACUACUUUCAAUUUAGUCUAGAUCGACCUUCUACGGCCACUAUCACCAAACGAACGAUAUUAUCCACGAUUGCUAAGCUCUUCGAUCCGCUUGGACUACUCUCACCUGUAAUCAUCAAAGCCAAAAUACUUAUUCAAGAAUUGUGGAUCAACAAACUCGAUUGGGAUGCGUUGUUACCAAGCACUUUGGCAAAUCAGUGGAUAACUUUCGUUGAGGAAUUAGAAGACCUCAAAUUCAUCAAUAUUCCUCGUUGGCUUGGCAUCAAAUCGGAUAAUCAAGUUCAAUUACACGGAUUUUGCGAUGCAUCUAAUCAAGCUUUCGCAGCAGUAAUCUACCUCCGAACCGUGAACCUUGAAGACCAGAUUAACGUUUGCCUAAUUGCCACUAAAACGAAGGUAGCGCCUUUGAAGCGUCUUACCAUUCCCAGAUUAGAACUAUCAGGAGCAGUACUUCUCACCAAACUAACCACGCACGUCCGUGAUGUUCUCAACUUGAAGGACGUUCCUAUUUACUUGUGGACGGACUCAUCCAUCACUCUAACCUGGAUUCAGAACCAUCCAUCCCGAUGGAAAGAUUUUAUUCAAAAUCGUGUAGUUCAAAUACAAGAAACACUACCUCAAGCUAAGUGGAAAUUCGUUCCCGGCAAGGAGAACCCAGCUGAUUUCGCCACCAGAGGUUUGUCGCCAUCAAAACUCGCGUCCCAAACCAUCUGGUGGAAAGGACCAUGUUGGCUUUCACAAUCGAUUGAUUGUUGGCCAGAUUGCUUCCCUUCAACUGCUACCUCGGAUAAUCUUGAAGAAAGACCCACCAAAGUUUAUUCACUCAUAACCAUUGAACCGCAACCCCCAUGGGAUUUGUUAACAAGAUAUUCCAAUCUCAAUAAGCUCUUACGCAUUACGGCUGUGUGUCAGAGAGCAGUUGAACGAUUUAAACGGAUCAAAAUUAGUCCAAGAGAACUCCUCAGCACGACUGAAUUAGAGUCCGCUAAACUCUAUUGGAUCAACAGCAUUCAACGGCAACACUUCGCUCAUGAAAUCAAGCUUUUAUCACGAGGAGAGUUCCUUCCUAAGUCGAACCCACUCACCAAAUUGACUUCAUACAUUGACGCAUCCGGGCUCUUAAGAACGGGUGGUCGGCUUCAGAAUUCAACGUUACCUCCAGAAAGGAAACAUCUUCUAAUCCUCCCAAAGCAAUCGCCAUUAACGGAGCUCAUUAUCCAAGAUGCUCAUCUGAGAACUUGCCACGGAGGUACACAAGUAACGUUAACCCUCCUGCGAGAUUCUUACUGGAUCAUUGGAGGUCGGUUGCCGAUAAAAAAUUUUAUCCUGCGUUGCGUCAUUUGCACAAGAUACAGACAAAAGAGAGCGCAACAGCUCAUGGGACAGCUUCCGCCUGAACGAGUAACACCGACUUCACGCCCAUUCAUCAACACCGGAAUUGACUACGCUGGCCCCCUUCUCAUCAAGACCUGGAGAGGAAAAAAUGCGCGGCAGUACAAAGCUUACAUUGCCGUAUUCGUUUGUUUUGCCACAUCAGCAACACACCUCGAACUUGUUUCAGAUUAUUCCGCUGACGCCUUUAUAGCAGCAUAUAAAAGGUUUACUGCUCGACGAGGAAUCUGCGUUAACUUGUUCAGUGAUUGCGGUACUAAUUUGAUAGGAGCUGACACGGAGCUAAAGAAAUUACUCUCUGAAGCAUCUCAAGAACAUAAACAAUUGGCCUCCCUACUCACCCAAGACGGAACACAAUGGAAUUUCAACCCGCCUAGUGCUCCUCACUUUGGCGGCAAGUGGGAAGCAGCCGUGAAAUCGGUUAAGUUCCACUUAAAGAGAGUCCUUGGUAAUCACUUGCUUACCUUCGAGGAAAUGACAACACUUUUAACUCAGAUCGAAGCGGUUCUGAACUCAAGACCUUUGUCUCCUCUUUCUGACGAUCCAGAAGACUUAGCCGCAUUAACACCUGGACAUUUCAUCCUAGGACACGCACCUACAGUUCUACCAGAGCCUUCGCUUGAACACAUUAAUUUGUCACGCCUAUCCAGAUGGCAAUUGUUACGACAAAUGCUGGAAAGUUUCUGGUCCCGAUGGUCUAAAGAAUGUCUUCAACGGUUUCACGACACCUCUAAAUGGAGUCAUCCGACACCCUCUUUGAAGAACGGAGAUAUGGUACUAGUAGUCGACGAAAGGUAUCCACCUUCCAAAUGGCCUCUAGGUCGGAUCGUUGACACACAUCCCGGAAAAGACGGCCUUACUCGAGUAGUCACGGUAAAGACUCAAACUACCAUGUUGAAACGACCCGUCGUCAAACUCUGCCCAUUGCCCAUACACCAAGAUCCUUUGUUGGUUCGUUAA